AUGGCUGAUAUUGACGUUGAAAAAGUUCUUUCUGAAUUGACUCUUGCCGAGAAGAUUGGCUUGACUUCUGGUUCAGACUUCUGGCACACCUACAAAGUUGAAAGAUUAGGUGUUCCAUCAAUUCGUGUUUCAGACGGCCCUAACGGUGUUAGAGGUACCCAAUUCGUGAAUGGUGUUCCAGCAGCCUGUUUCCCAUGUGGCACUGGUUUAGCUGCUACCUUCAACAAGGACUUGCUUUUCAAGGCUGGUGCUCUCAUGGCUGAGGAGGCCAAGCACAAAAGUGCUCACGUUAUCUUGGGUCCUACCACCAACAUGCAGAGAGGUCCAUUGGGUGGAAGAGCGUUCGAAUCUUUUUCAGAGGACCCUCAUCUUGCUGGUAUGGCAUCUGCCUCUAUCAUCAAUGGUAUGCAAGACAGCGAUAUCGCAGCUACUCUCAAGCAUUACGUUGGUAACGACUUGGAGCAUGAGCGUAACGCUUCCGACUCUAUCAUUACGGAGAGAGCUUUGAGAGAGAUCUACUUGGAACCUUUCCGUUUGGCCGUCAAGUAUGCAGAUCCAAAGGCUUUCAUGACUUCCUACAACAAAAUCAAUGGUGAGCACGUCUCACAAUCUCACAAGUUCUUGGAAGAAAUCCUUAGAAAGGAAUGGGGCUGGGAUGGUUUGGUUAUGUCUGACUGGUAUGGUGCAUACACAGACAAGGAAUCUAUCAAGAACGGUUUGGACUUAGAGAUGCCUGGUCCAUCUGCCUUGAGAAAUGCUACCGCAAUCUCUCACAUGAUUAGCUCUAGAGAACUUCACAUUAAAUACUUGGAUGAUCGUGUUCGUAAUGUGUUGAAUCUCAUCAAAUGGUGUGCGAAGUCUGGUCUCGAAGAGAGAGGUCCACAGGAUAGAGACAAUGACACACCCGAGACAAAGGCCUUGUUGAACGAGAUCGCAAGCGAGUCCAUUGUUCUUUUGAAGAACGAGGACAAUAUUCUUCCACUUAAGAAGGAUGAGACGAUCGCUGUUAUUGGUCCUAAUGCCAAGUACUCCGCAUACUGUGGUGGUGGAUCUGCUUCUUUGCUUGCUUACUCCACCUCCACUCCCUUUGAUGCUAUAACUGAGAAGUUGGGCAAGGCUCCAGAAUACGCUGUUGGAUGUUACGCUCACCAGGCUCUUCCAGGUUUCGCAAUCUCGGCUUUGACUAAGAACCCUGUCACCGGCGAACCGGGUAUCAACUGUAAGUUCUACAAUGAACCUUCUGGUACUGCUCAGAGGGAUCAGUUUGAUGAGUUCAACAUCUGUCAGUCCCCAAUGAUUUUGUUCGACUACAACCACCCAAAGAUCACUGAUGAGAUCUACUACAUGGAUGUUACUGGAAUUGUAACACCGGAGGAAUCAGGAGAAUAUGAGUUCUCCUUGAUUGUCACAGGUACUGCCCAAUUGUUCGUUGAUGGAAAGUUGGUCAUCGACAACAAGACAUCCCAGGUUCAAGGUGAUGGUUUCUUCGGUACUGGUACCAUUGAGGUCAAAGGAUCUGUUCCAAUGGAAGCUGGCAAAAGCUACGAAGUCAAAAUUGAAUUUGGCUCCGCAAAGACCUCUCCUCUCUCGAGACAGGCUGUUAUUACCUUCGGCGGUGCCUUGGGUAUUGGUAUGGCUAAGAUCAUUGACGACCAGGAAGAGAUCGAGAAGGCCGUUGCCUUGGCCAAAUCGGUUGACAAAGUUGUGUUGCUGAUUGGUUUGAACUUCGAGUGGGAGUCUGAAGGUUUUGACAGACCUAAUAUGGACUUGCCAUUGUUGACUAAUGAUUUAGUCAAGGCAGUUUUGGAAGCUAACCCCAACACUGUUAUUGUAAACCAAUCUGGCUCUCCAGUGGAGAUGCCAUGGUUGUCCAAGUCUAAAGCCUUGGUUCAGGCUUGGUACGGUGGUAAUGAGGCAGGUAAUGCUAUUGCAAAUGUUUUGUUUGGUGAUGUCAACCCAAGUGGUAAGUUGUCUUUGUCCUGGCCACUUAAGAACGUCGACAACCCAGCCUACUUGAACUUCAAGACCGUAAAGGGUAGAGUUUUGUACGGUGAGGAUAUUUAUAUUGGUUACCGUUACUAUGACAAGUUGCAAAAGCGUGUUGCCUUCCCAUUCGGAUAUGGUUUGUCUUACACGUCUUUCGAUAUCACUGACUUGAAGGUGAAUGUUGAUGAGACGAACGAUAAGUUAAUCGCCUCCGUUCAGGUUAAGAAUACUGGAAAACUUGAGGGUGCAGAGACUGUCCAGUUGUACGUUUCUCAAAAGGAGCAGACAGUUGACCGUCCAAUCAAGGAGUUGAAGGGCUUUGAGAAGGUGACCUUGAAGGCCGGUGAGCAGACUACUGUUUCUUUUGAACUUUCCUUGAAGGAUUCUGCAUCCUACUGGGAUGAAUACCAGGAGCAAUGGAGUCUCGAUGCUGGUUCCUAUGAGGUGCAAGUUGGUAAAUCAUCUGAUGACAUUGUGUUAUUUGAAGACUUCAAGGUUGAGAAAACAAAGUUGUGGGUUGGUAUCUAG